AGCAUAAGGAAGUACACAGCAUAAUGAUCCUUUCCCAGUACUAUAUAGAUAUCAGAGCAUUCCGGUGCAAAUGUGAAACCAGACCACAUAAAGUAAAACAAGCCAGAAAUCAUGGAGCAAGUUAUGAUGGUUAUUCUGUUCAUAACCCUGCUUAAAGGAUUCAAUCAAGAGCAGAUUCUGUUACCGUCAGCGCCAAUCAAUAAGGAAGUAGGAGCAAGUGUGCUUUUUACCGUCAUGCCUUUCUCUCAGCCAAUAAGCACAAUCAUAUGGAACUUCAAUGACAAUAAAGAUUUCAUCAUCUAUGUUCACCCCACUGAGACAGUGAUUCCCCCAUACCAGGGUAGAGUCAUUCUCAACCAUACUACAGGAGAGCUAGAGCUACAAAACCUGACCAUGGCUGACUCUGGAAAGUACACCUUAACUGUAAAAUUUAACAAUUUUACAGAAAUUGCAAACCAUACUUUCCUGCAGGUGUUUGAGCCAGUGAUUAGUUUAGGUAUCACUGGCCCCGAGGGCUAUCUCAUCGAAUAUAACAGUGCUAAUUUCACCUGUGAGGGAAACGGCACAAUCACUACUACAAUGUGGAUGAAGGAUAACGAGAAUCUAGAUUCGAGCAGCAGCAUCACAUUCUUGGAUGACAAUAGAACACUGGUGAUCACUCCACUGCUGCGAACAGACACUGGUAAUUACCAGUGUAAACUGAGUAACCCCGUCAGCUCCAGCACUGCACAUUACAGAAUUCUUAUUAACUAUGGGCCAGAUGUGAGAAUCCUGGGUCUCCAGACAUUCGAGGAAGGUUCAGAUAUCCUCCUCCUCUGCUUACCUUAUUCUGAACCCCCUCCCACUGCUACAUGGACUGUGAAUGGCAUUCCUUCAAGGACUCCACUCUUGUAUGUCACAGAGAACAGUAAGCCAAACAAUAGUGGGGAUUAUAACUGUACUUGCUCGAACUCUGUCACUGGGAUCACAGCCUCUGCAGUUCAAUAUGUGACAGUGAGACCUGUGUCUUCUAGGCUUGGUCCUGGUGCAGAAGCGGGUAUUACACUAAGUGUUAUUUUUUUAGUGGUAAUUUUGGCUAUCCUCACAUAUUUCUUCAUAAAGCACCACAGAAAACAGGCUAAUCCUGUGCGAGAAGUACCUAUACAAAUGGUAUCAGAUCAACAAACCAAUCAAAACACUGGUAAAAAUAAUAAAGUGGAGGCACAAACCCCAACACAUGUCACAUCUGUGGACACACCUGUUCAAAAUAACAGGACACGUCAGCCUAUCUAUCAAAAUAGACCAAAUCCUCCACCAACUCCUCCACUGCCUAGAGGUCGACCACCAUUGCUUCCAGCCAGGCAGACAAAUGAUGCCCACAUAUAUUGCACUGCAGUAGGAUAAUUUCUAACAGUUGGCUGCUGGCCCUCCAGGACAUCAGAUAUUAAGUAUCUGGCAAAAUAAGAUGGCGGAAUAACUAACACCCAUUACCGUUAUCUUGUAUCUUCUACCUUCAGUUUUUCUGUACACUUAAUAGAUACAAAUGUAAUAGAACAAAGACAUUUACAUUUAAUACAAUAUACAAUCUAGUAAAAAUAAUAUAUAAUGAUAACUUUCAUGAAAACAUAUACUUUUUUAUUGAAUCAUUAUAAUGCCAUAUAUCUGCUGUUGCCAACAGUAAAGCCUAUGUAAAGCUUUAAUCCUGAUUUUUGUUUUUUACUUACACAAACAAUUGCUUCUUAUGCUGCUUAUAUUUACUCUUUGCUUAGUGGAUUAGAAUGCACUUGUCCUACUUUUAACCUUUGGUCGUUAAGUAAAUAGAAAGUUAUAUUGUAUAGUUAUAUUGUGCUGAUCUACCCUAAGUGGUAAAUCAAGCCUCAAUAACAGCAUUGUUAACAGGUAGUAUGAACUCAGUUUACAGGAACAUUGUGCUGCUUUCCAGACACAUGGUUGUGUAAUAAAUCUUCUUACAGGAAAAUGA